AUGGCGGCGGCGGUGGCCAUGGCGCCCGGCAGCGGCGGUGCCGCGACUUCUCGGACCAUGCGGGAAAUCAAGAAGGCCGCCGAGCUCGCGUUCGCGCUGGAGCCGCUGCCGCUGAGCGAGCUGCCGCCGCCGCCCGCGCUCACCGAGGAGGAUGCUCGUGACCUGGAUGCCUACACACUGGCCAAGUCUUACUUUGAUCUGAAGGAAUAUGACAGGGCUGCCUACUUUUUACGGGGCUGCAAGAGCCAGAAAGCUUACUUCUUGUACAUGUACUCCAGAUACCUGUCAGGGGAAAAGAAGAAGGAUGAUGAGACAGUGGAUAGUUUGGGACCUCUGGAAAAAGGACAGGUGAAAAAUGAAGCUCUACGAGAACUGAGAGUUGAGCUCAGCAAGAAGCACAAGGCACGGGAACUGGAUGGAUUUGGCCUUUAUCUGUAUGGUGUUGUGCUGCGGAAGCUGGACCUGGUGAAAGAAGCAAUAGAUGUGUUUGUUGAAGCUGCUCAUGUCUUGCCUUUGCACUGGGGAGCCUGGCUGGAGCUUUGCAACUUGAUUACAGAUAAAGAGAUGUUGAAGUUCCUGUCCUUGCCAGAUACAUGGAUGAAAGAGUUCUUUCUUGCACACAUUUAUACAGAGCUACAGCUGAUAGAGGAGGCCCUGCAGAAGUAUCAGAGCCUCAUUGAUGCAGGAUUUUCCAAGAGCACUUACAUCAUCUCUCAGAUUGCAGUUGCCUACCACAAUAUUCGAGAUAUUGACAAAGCCUUAUCCAUCUUUAAUGAGCUAAGGAAACAAGAUCCUUACAGGAUAGAAAACAUGGACACUUUCUCCAACUUGCUCUAUGUAAGGAGCAUGAAGCCUGAGCUGAGCUACCUGGCUCAUAAUCUCUGUGAGAUAGACAAGUACCGUGUUGAGACCUGCUGUGUCAUCGGAAAUUAUUAUAGCUUGCGUUCCCAGCAUGAAAAAGCAGCACUCUAUUUCCAAAGGGCCUUGAAACUGAAUCCUCGUUAUCUGGGAGCCUGGACACUUAUGGGACAUGAGUAUAUGGAAAUGAAGAAUACAUCUGCAGCUAUCCAGGCUUACAGACAUGCAAUAGAGGUGAACAAAAGAGACUACAGAGCAUGGUAUGGCUUGGGGCAAACCUAUGAAAUCCUCAAGAUGCCAUUUUAUUGUCUCUACUACUACAGACGGGCCCACCAGCUCAGACCGAACGACUCUCGUAUGCUGGUUGCUCUAGGGGAAUGCUAUGAGAAACUCAAUCAGUUGGUGGAAGCCAAAAAGUGCUAUUGGAGGGCUUAUGCUGUGGGAGAUGUGGAGAAAAUGGCACUUGUGAAACUUUCCAAGCUGCACGAACAGCUGAAUGAAUCUGAACAGGCAGCUCAAUGCUACAUCAAAUACAUCCAGGAUAUCUAUUCCUGUGGGGAGAUAGUGGAGCACCUGGAGGUCAGCACUGCAUUCCGUUACCUGGCCCAGUACUACUUCAAGUGUAAGCUCUGGGAUGAAGCCUCAGCGUGUGCUCAGAAAUGCUGUGCCUUCAAUGAUACCAGAGAAGAGGGAAAGGCCCUGCUGCGGCAGAUCUUACAGCUUCGCAACCAAGGAGAAACAUCAUCCACAGAUGUUCCUGCUCCCUUAUUCCUCCCUGCGUCACUGUCAGCCAACAACACUCCCACACGUCGUGUCUCCCCGCUCAAUCUGUCCUCUGUAACACCAUGAACACGAACAGAUACCUCUGACCUGUGCACUGGAUGUGACACUGCACAUGGGACGUGUAACCACUUCUUUCUAGGGAAAUUCCUCCUUUGGUUGCUGCCCUCCCAUGGAGGGCAGGAGUUAGCAGAGCCCACAGCUGAAGACAGAUGUGCCCCAACAGGCAAAGGGGCAGCUGAUGUGAAAGUGCCUGUGCUGAGAAUGUGAGAACCUGCUCUACUUCUCGCCACAUCAUUCCAGUUAGAGGGCAGAUGUGUGCCAGUACACAGGACUAACUGAGGCAUUGGAAGGGGCUUGUCUGCUGAAGUUAAAGUACAUUUGAGGUUUGAUUCUGCCUCGUGACUUCUGGUCUUUACUGCAUUUCUUUGGAUGACUUCUUAGCAAUAUCACUGCUGUCCUCAUCAGAGACUGUUACCUGCUUGGCUACUUAAUGGCUUUGGCUUGUCUUGAACAACAUGGGAGAUGUUUCACUAAAGCAGUAGAACAGGCACUUGUAUAGGUGCAAUGUCUAUGUUGAAGGAUUGACAAAUAUCAGAGGAGUCCCAAGUAGCCACAGGUGACAGCUGUCUGGUGUUCUGUCAGUGGAUCUGACAGAUAAUUUUGGCUUUCAGUAGAAAAGCAGCCAGUGGGAUGGUACAAUUAAAAAACUAACAAUAAGUAA